AAUCAUAAGAAUGAAUAUAAUGAACAGCGCCAGGGCCCAUUGCCGGGCACUCCGAACCAGUGGUGCACACUCAGCAAUCGAGUGCACGAGCACGGCACCACAAUCGAGAUGAUGUACACUGGACCGGUGGUGCCCCAGCCAGCGGACCCGCCCCUCGACUUGCGUGCCAUACCGGGGGUGACGCACCUCACCAUGAAUAUGCCGGUGAGCUUGCCGCCGGGCAUGCAGCACAGCACGCCGGACAUGCCGUCCCUGAUAAAUGCCAUGGAUUUCUUUAGGCGCCCAGAGAGCUAUCAGUCUGCUCACGGCAAAGGAACUAGCACCUCCAUUCAGGUCAUACCAAAGGACAAGAACAACCAAAUAAACACAGAGAAAAUCGAGACCGUUGAGGUGCUGCCACUGGGCACCGCGCCGGCAGCACCACUCCAGCGCAGCACCAUGAACGCCUGCUUCCAAAGCUUCAGCAUUAUGAGCUUGGCAGAGGACGACCGCAAGUCCGACGUGCCCGGCCGCGUGGUUUUGGAUGCGGAAAUAUCUCCCAACUAUAUGCUAACCGCGGAGCAACAGCUGCGCAUCCAGGCCGCCAUCAGGCGGGAGGACGUACCGCUGACGGAAGCCCUGAUGCCCAUCGUGAGGGAUUUGCAAGAGGAGCACGCUCGCAUGCAAAAGUCCGGAAAGGGUUUGCUGUCCACGCCGGAAACACCGCCUUACGGCACCAUGAGAUUCCACUACGUCGAGCCACCGAUAAACGGCUGCCCCAAGGGAAUGUACAGCCGUAAGCCGCGCGUCCCCCAGACUCCACGCGUCCCCCAGACUCCACGCGUCCCCCAGGCUCCACGCGCCCCCCAGGCUCCACGCGUUCCCCAGACUACACGCGUCCCCCAGGCUCCACGCGUCCCCCAGACUCCACGCGUCCCCCAGGCUCCACGCGCCCCCCAGACUACACGCGUCCCCCAGGCUACACGCGUCUCCCAGGCUACACGCGUCUCCCAGGUACCACGCGAGUACCACUUCGAGGCUCCAUGCGACCCCCAAAUGCAACGCGUCCCUCAGAUGCCAUGCGCCCCACAGACGCCUCGCGUACCCCAAGUACCACGCGUACCCCAAGUACCACGCGUAUCCCAGGUGCCACGCGUACCCCAGGCGCCACGCGUCCCUCAGGCGCAACACAUCCUACAGGAGCAGCGCAUCCUACAGGAGCAGCGCGUUCCCCAGGUGCAGUGCGUUCCGCAGGUGCAGCGCGCUGCCCCGACUGCCGACAACAAGCGCGCCUCGCCCGCUGUACAAAAACCCACUGCCAAUAUGAAUGUGGGCUCCACAAUUAUGGCUCUUGAUGAGAAUGGAAAUUACAAGGCUAUGUUCCUUGAGGAUUGGCUUAAAUUGAAGAUGCAGGGCGAUCAGCCAACUGAAAAUUAA